AUGACAAAUCUGAAGAUAUACCUGAGGAGGUAGCUCUACCCGGACAAUGGUAAAGAGGCACAUGUCCCCAUGGAAGAUUCAAGCCUGUCUAGCAGUGUUGAUGUGGACAAAGGCUUUGCCAUUGCCUUUGUUGUUCUUCUGUUUCUAUUCCUAAUAGUGAUGAUUUUUCGGUGUGCCAAGUUGGUGAAGAAUCCCUACAAGGCUGGCUCCACAACCACAGAACCAUCUCUGAGCUGAAGUAUGAUAAAACCUUGUAGAUUCCCCC